CCACCUUCAGUUAUGUUAAUUUUUUCCGAUUACUCGUAUGCCCACGCCUCUUUUUACAUUGCCUUUAGUUGGUUGGUAGAGACCAUGACGAUAUCAUAGGGAAACGUUAUAUAUACUGAAGGUUCUAACAGAAUUGAGCAGUUGGUGAGGUGACCGAACUCUAGGCAAGAUGAACGGAAUUUUAGUGUUAGCUGUUCUUAGCCUACUGGCGGAUUUUACAGAUGCCCAGAUAACAGCAUGGGACAUAACCGAUUUAACGAUUUCGGGCACAAACGGCGCGACAGCCGUCUUUACGAAGACUGUUGCAGUGACCGAGACAAGUACUGCUGGUGCCGCUAUUGUGACAUUGACAGCAACUGGUACGGGAGGCUCCCCUGUGAUAAAUUACGCGUUCACGGGCACCGGCAACCCCGGAAGUGUGGGCAAUAUCGCUUCUGUUACAUCUGGCGCGAUCACUCUGGCUACAGGCAAAUCCUUGGACUACGAAUCAGGAACAUCCGUUGUUUUCGUCGUCACAGCGACUGAACAGAGUGUUGCAUCGGGAAACGUUAUUGGAACUGCCACGGUAACUGUGAAUAUCAAAAACAAGCUAGAGUAUGGUCAAGACCAAUAUGGAGUAUGUGUCCCUGAUGGAUCCGCAGCUGGUACCGUAGUCGGGACGUACAAGGCAUCGGACUUUACCAGUCCUGAAACAGUUACGCUUUCCUCUGAUCUAACACCUGGAACGUCAGACUUGACAUAUGACACGACCACUGGAAUUCUCUCCGUCAGCACCGGCAAAACGUUGAGCCAAAACACCAUCGGGGGUUACAAGGUCACGCUUUUUGCAACUGCUGGGGGAAUUAUCGUUUCCGACCUUGGCCAGAGCAUCGUUUGGGUCGCCGUGGCAACUUGCAGCGGCGCCAUACAGGCUACGGCUGUGUUUGCAGUCUUGGCGAUGUCUUUCACAACAGCAAUGCUCUUUUAGUACUAUUAAAUAACUAAAAAACAAACAAACUUUUAAUAUGGUACCAAACACAAAUCUAAGUCAAAACUAUGAUUAGUGCUUGUUAAAAGCUUACAAAACAACAUUUAGCAUGGUAAAAAUCACAACAAAACAUUAUCAGUGUAUGUUAAAACAACGAAUGAUUUAAAAUAUGUAAGAUGUAGACGUCUACGGACGCACUCUGAUUCAGUUUAAGAUAUUAAAUGUGUUAUUAUUUUUUUAUUUCCUUCCUUUAAAUCAUUGUUACACUCUCUUAUUUCCUGCGUCCUGUAUGAUUAUCCUGAACGGUUAUGAUAUCAUGGACGUUCUCUCUUGUGUAUAAUUAUUGCUGUGAUAUGUGUGUAAAUCUAAUAAAACGUAACAAUGA